AGGAAAAGAAAGCGCGUGAAUAAAAAAAGUGGUAAAAAGUGAGCCGAGUCCCCCGAGUGACGGAUUGAGUCGCUCAUCAAACCGAAUCCAUCGAUCCCUUGUCUGAAUAAUUUUGUCUCAUCCCGUCCUCCAUCAUCAUCAUCAUCAACUCUUAGGCCAUGCCCACUGUAUAUGAAAGCCCUGAUUGAGCAGCGGCGAUCUUAAUUUUGGUUUUGAGGGUGUCAAGUGAUUUCAAAUGAGAUUCUGGUGAUACUACUUCAAUUUGCUUGCUCGAGCAGAAGGAACUUGUUAAUUGAUUGAUAUUUUCUGAAUUUGAAGCUUUCGAAGUUCCUUUAGGGCAAAUCAGGAGAAGGUGAAAUACGGGGUUUUACUGUUACUCACAUUUUAGGGAUUCAGGUUUGAAAGUGAUUUUGCUAUUCUAGCUUCCCAUGAUUUCUGCACCUCUGAGUGAGCGGGUGGACUUAAAUGGCUGUUCCCUUGCUGGGACUACAUCGUAAAAGUCAAACCAGCAAGUUUUCUUUCCUAAUGGAGCCAGGAGACAAUGUUAUCCAUAAUGCUAAUGAUCACGUUAUUGACAUACCAAGCAGCAGUGAAGCAUCCUUCACUAGCCCACCACAUGAUCGUAUAGCGGGUGGCAUACAGCAGCAGCAGCAGACUGAUAAUCAGCCGUCUACCAGUGAAAGGCUUGCUGCAUAUCAAGCUGCACUUUCUUCUUCCAGAGGAGCAUCAAACGCACGGAGCUCAUCAUUUGGUCGUAGGUCAAAUGGACGUGGACGCAAUAGGAGUCCAUUAAAUUCUGGGAAGUGGAUAGCUACCGAAUUAGUAUUAACGAUGAGCCAAAUAAUUGCAGCUAUUGUUGUAAUGACUUUAUCGAGGCAAGAGCAUCCACAUGCACCAUUGCGUGUUUGGGUUGUUGGUUAUGCAUCUGGCUGUGUAGCCAUCCUCCCUCUUCUUUAUUGGCGCUAUAGUCAUCGAAAUCAAGGUUCUGAAAGGGAGUCUUCUCAGUCCAAUCAAGGCAUGACUCAGAAUGACCUUUCUGUAGGAUCUUCUGUGACUGGGACUUCAGAUACUGAUGGUCGUCAGAGAAAUGGUUCGGACUCUCAAGUUGCCCAUAAUUUUGGUAUAUUAAAUCCAAGGCUUAAGGCCCUUGUAGAAUAUUUCAAGAUGGCUUUGGAUUGCUUCUUUGCAGUUUGGUUUGUGGUUGGCAAUGUGUGGGUUUUUGGAGGUCACUCAUCCUCCUCUGAGGCUCCCAAUUUGUAUAGGUUGUGCAUAGUUUUUCUUACAUUCAGUUGUAUCGGCUAUGCUAUGCCAUUUAUUCUCUGUGCGACAAUCUGCUGCUGCCUCCCCUGCAUUAUACACGUCAUGGGCUUUAGAGAAGAUGCCACUCAAAGCAGAGGAGCCACAUCAGAAUCGAUUAAUUCUCUGCCAACGUACAAAUUUAAGGCAAAGAAGAAGAAAAGUGGCAAUGACAAAGAGAAUAGCUCAGGAGGGGUUGAAGGUGGAAUUGUGGCUGCAGGAACGGAGAAGGAGCGUGUGAUAUCUGGAGAAGAUGCUGUUUGUUGUAUUUGUUUGGCUAAGUAUGCGAAUAAUGAUGAGCUCAGGGAAUUGCCAUGUAAUCAUUUCUUUCACAAAGACUGCGUGGAUAAAUGGCUUAAAAUGAAUGCCACAUGUCCACUGUGCAAAGCUGAGGUUGGUGAGACCAUUUUACAAUCUCUUACUGAUGCGGUGGCCGCGCGGUGACAGGGUACCAAUUAGGCUGCCAAUUUUCGGAAUCUGCAUAUGCCAUAUGCAAUCCAUGUCGAUAAGUUUGAGAUCUUGCAUUUCCAGAUGCUUGGAUUAGCUGCCUAAAAGGCUAUCCCUCUGUGUUCCUUUUGACUGUUCUUUUGGGCUGCAAGAUUUGUACCUUGACAAAGGCAUAGAAUUGUAUUCCACUAGCUGCGAACUAUAAGUUUGUUCCCCAGCACAAAUCUGGUAUGCUGCUGCUUAAGUAGGUUGGAUAGUGAAAGCGAAAAUUACUGCGUACUAUCACCUUGCUGUCUGUUGAUGUUGCUUACAUGAACAAAGAGGAGAAUGAUUCUUUUAUCUGCAAUGCUAUAAGGGGUGGUAACAUUAGCUGAGGUGAAUUUGCCAGUGAUGAAUGGAUGAACUUUUAUCUUUGGGCUCUUUA